AUGUGGCGUUCAGUUGUUUUAGUGUUUUAUUGCGCUUUACUAUUCGAACUCUGCGCGGCCGAGGAAAAACUUACUACAAAAGACACAGCGGAUCGUGGACUUUUAAUCCGGCGAUUGAAAAGGUCGCCAUUUUUUGGCCUUGGUUUAUUUCCACCGCCACCGCCGCCGCCACCUCCUCCACCCCCGCUAUUUUGGCCACCACCCCCGCCACCACCUCCUCCGCCCCCGCCAUAUUGGCCACCACCGCCUCCGCCCCCGCCUCCUAGAUAUGACUGGUAUACGAAUGAUAACGGCUGUGAUCAUUGCGGCAGAGGACAAUACGGUGGAGGUGCUGUCGCAGUAGCUGUGGCCAAAGCAUCAGCUGGCAGUGGCUACUGA